AUGUCGUCGUCGCAAGGAAAAGGCGAUAAAAAUCCUGUCAAGGACACACCCCAGUCCAUUGGCUCCACUCAGGAUGAACUCCCCGAAUUGACCAAAGCCCAGGCAAAGCGUCUUCUCCUGAAGACGGACCUGGUUGUCAUGCCUCUGGCAAUUCUCAGCAUGACUCUCGCUUAUCUGGACAAGAACGCAUUGGGAUACGCCGCCAUCUUCGGUAUGAAAGAAGACGCCAACCUCAAAGCCCAAGACUACAGUUGGCUCGGCAGUAUUUUCUACUUCGGAUACCUUGCAAUGGAAUUUCCUAGUCUUUGGCUCAUGACAAAGAUCCCUAUCGGAAAAUACGUCGGUACUUGUCUUGUUCUUUGGGGUGCUUUAUUGUGUUUCUUAGCUCUCUGCCACAAUUUUGCCGGUCUAGCGACGAUUCGGUUCCUUCUCGGUGUUUUCGAAGCUGCGGUUCUACCUUGCAUGAUGAUCAUCAACUCUAUGUGGUAUCUCCGAAAUGAGCAACCUCUUCGUACGGCGUUCUGGAAUAACACCUUUGCUGGUGUUUUCGGUGGUAUUUUAUCUUAUGCCAUUGGAAAGAUUGAUGGAACGCUUUCAACAUGGAAGUACAUCUUCCUCAUUUAUGGAGCUUGCACCGUCUUCCUUGGUGUCCUCGUCUUCUUCGCUCUACCCGACACUCCAUCCCAAGCAUGGUUCUUCACUGCUGAGGAAAAGAAACUCGCCAUUAUUCGCCUCGCCCCGAAUCAGACUGGUGUCGAAUCGAACAAGGGCUUCAAGACAUACCAAAUUCUCGAAUGCCUUCGCGAUCCCAAAUGUUACUGCAUCUGGCUCGGUGCUUUAGGUUACGCCGUCACCAAUGCAGGCGUCACAAACUUCAACCCACUGAUCAUCGCUGGAUACGGAUUUUCGAAAACCAAGACUGUUCUCAUGGCCACCCCCCAAGCCGCCGUUGCCAUGAUCAGUCAGGCCCUUCUCACAACCAUUUCUCUCUACGUACCCAACCUUCGAUGUAUCUUCUGGAUUGGAGGUGCUCUGUUGGGUAUGGUCGGAGCUAUUAUGGUGCACUCUCUUGAUGUCGAGACGCAAAGAAAUGCUUCUUUGGCUGGUGUUUACAUGAUGGGCUUUUAUAACGUGCCCUUCAUUUUCUUGCUUAGUUUGUCUUCAUCCAAUACUGCUGGUGCUACUAAGAAGAGUUUCAUGGGCAUGUCUAUCGCCAUCAUGUACGCUGUUGGUAACAUUAUCGGACCGCAAUUCUUCCUCAGCACACAGGCACCAAAAUACGUCCUUGGUAUUGGCGCCAUGCUUUGCGCCUUUGCCUUGAUGGCUGCUGUUGGUCUUGUUUAUUACUUCCUUUGCGUCAUCGAGAACAAGAGGCGUGAUAAGCAAUUUGGAAAAACUCAUGAUGUAAUUGAUGCUGGAUUGGAGGCGGAGAAGAGCGACAAGACAGAUUUGGAAAACUCCAACUUCCGUUACACUUACUAA